GCGCUGCUCUCGGCCCACGCGGGCCGGGCCUGGCCUGCCUGGCGGGACGGGGACGGGGGCAGGGGCGGUGUGUGCGGGCCAACCCAUCCUCUGCUUCCUCCCCAGAGCGACGACUCGGACGUCUGGGACGACACGGCGCUGAUCAAGGCGUACGACAAGGCCGUGGCCUCCUUCAAGAAUGCCCUCAAGAAUGGCGAGUGCUCAGAACCUUCAGACAAACAAGAACAAUGCUCUGGAACAAAGAGAAAAAAUAAUAAAAAGAACAGAAGUAGAAAGAAAUGCAAUACGGCACCACUGAAACAGUGGAGAGUUGGUGACAACUGUAGUGCAGUUUGGUCUGAGGAUGGAAACGUGUACCUAGCAACUAUUGCAUCAAUUAAUCAGAAAAGAGGGACAUGUGUUGUUGUUUACACUGGAUAUGGAAACAAGGAAGAGCAAAAUCUGUCUGAUCUGCUUCCUCCAAAUGAUGCUGAAAGAGUUAGUGAGGAGCUGAAUGCUGCAGAGAAUGAAAAUGAGACUCUGUAUUCAACAGAUGAAAGUGAAAAGUCUUCCCAGUCACCCAGAAACAAGCACAACUGCACAAAGCCAAAAGCUUCUCCCUGGAACUCCCACUUCCCUCUGCCACCUGCAGCUUCAAGCCUGGGAGGGCCUGGAUCAAAAACCAGUGGAACCCUGCCUUUUUUAUCAGGCUGGCCUCCACCAUUCCCACCUGGACCACCACUGAUUCCUCCACCACCACCUAUGAGUCCUGAUUCUCCUGAAGAUGAUGAAGCUUUGGGAAGCAUGUUAAUAGCCUGGUACAUGAGUGGUUAUCACACUGGCUACUAUCUGGGUUUAAAACAGAGCCGAAUGGAAGCUGCCUUGGAUAGACACCCAAACCCUAAAUAAUUGAUUGUCUAUCGCUAUUUUGAUGGAUUGCAGGUACAGUUCUCUCCCACGGAGAGGGGUAAAUCGUGUGUGCAGUUGGCUGGUAAUGAAGAUCAAAGUGGAGCUAAUAACUUACAUUUUGCUAAUAGUGAGCUGCCUCUGACUAUUACUCUGAGAGAUCAAACUGGGUGUUAAAAGUAGUCAUUCAUUAAUUGUUAAAGGAAGCCAACAAGAUAGGGAGAAAAUGCUGCUUGCUCCAUUUAAGCAGUUGAAGGCUAGUGGUCUGGAUAUUAAAUAUUCUGCAGAUCACUUAUAGUACAUUAAAUCAACAUAGGUAUUUCCAUUUUGUCUGUCUUGUAUCUUAAAUUUUUAAAUACUUAAUUUGUUAUUAUCUUAAGUACUGAACAGAAGUGAGAGGUACAGUAAUGUUACUGGGAUGGAUGUAUGACGUUGACUGCUUGUGGCAGUUAGUGACAGGUCGAGAAUGGUAUACAGACACAUUCAUAACCUGUUGUUAUGGGUAGGAUUAGAACUUUGAACAUAAGGCAGAUAAGCAAGGGAAGGCUCACUUAUGCUGUGUCUUGUUUCAAAUGUUUCUGAAUAAAGUCAUACUUUUCAAAUUUG